UCCUAAUCAGAAGGAAACCUCCCUCACAUUCCACAGCUGCAACCUAUAUAAGGGAUGGGGCUCAGGCACACUUGUUUUUCCUCGAAUACUUGAGGGGAGGUAAUUUUUUUUUUUUUUUUUUCUUUCCACCCGCAGCCCUCAAGAGCAUGGAGAGCACUUGGAGGAUUUGCGUUUGUUUGUACUGCUGCUUGCCCUGGCUCUCUGCUGGCACCCAGUGCUCGCCCCGCUCCAGGGGCCGGGGGGGCUCUGCGGAGGCCCCUGGGUUUUUGGCAGCCCCUGAGGAUGCUGCCAGCCAGCUCAGCGCGGGGCUGCAGCUGCCCCAAGGCGAGGCACCGGCCCAUGCCCUCCUGCCCCCGCUGCUCAAGGUGCUGCACGACCGCGGCCCCCGGGGCUGGCACAGCGAGGCGCCGCAGCUGCAGCCGGACUCCAGGGCCCUUCGGUACAUGAAGAGGCUGUACAGGAUGUCUGCCACCAGGGACGGCAUCCCCAAGGCGCAGCGAGGCCGCCUCUAUAACACGGUGCGGCUCUUCACCCCGUGCUGGGAGUGCGAGCACAGCCCCGCGCACCUGGGGAAAGGAGAUGUUCACUCGGUGGAUUUACUCUUCAACUUGGAUCGUGUUACUGCUCUGGAGCACUUACUCAAAUCUGUCUUGCUCUAUUCCUUUGACACAUCUGUUCCCGUUUCCUCUUCCAUUACCUGCAUAUGCCAUUUAUCCCUUAAGGAACAUGAUUUUUCCAGCCAAGUCUGUCCCAGCAUUUCCCACUCUCUAGCUUUUAGCCUGCACUUUGACGUUAGGAAACGCAAAUGGGUGGAGAUGGAUGUGACUUCUUUCCUCCAGCCUCUGAUUGCUAUGAACAGGAGGAACGUCCAUAUGGCUCUGAACUUCACGUGUCUCAUGGGUGACCCACAAGGGAGCACGAAACUGGGAAACGCUGUUAAUGUGACACUGGUUCCCCCUUCCCUUCUGCUGUAUCUGAAUGACACCAGCGAGCAAGCUUAUCACCGGGGCAGCUCACUGGGGCACGGGAGGCAAAGCAGCAGCCCGCUUGUGGAUCCCCCAAAGGGUGACAAAGCACAAGGCAAUCCCCAGGGUAAAAGGGCCUCUCGCCAGCGAAGGAACGAGAAUCCCAAAGCGGCCCCAGCCGCCUCAGCUCGUAACCUGAGCGAGCACCUGAAGCAGUUUGUGUUCCCUCAGCACGAGUGCGAGCUGCACAACUUCCGCCUGAGCUUCAGCCAGCUGCGGUGGGACCGCUGGAUCAUCGCCCCGCACCGCUACAGCCCCCAGUUCUGCCGGGGCGACUGUCCCCGCGCCCUGGGCCACCGCUACGGCUCCCCGGUGCACACCAUGGUGCAGACCCUCAUCUACGAGCGGCUGGACCCCUCGGUGCCCAGGCCCUCGUGCGUGCCGGCCGCCUACAGCCCGCUCAGCGUGCUGACCAUCGAGCCCGACGGCUCCAUCGUCUACAAGGAGUACGAGGACAUGAUCGCCACCAAGUGCACCUGCCGCUAGCGGGACUGGGCUGUGGGCAGGGUUUGCACUCCCAAACGCAGAUCUUCGCUUUGCAUUCUCGAGGUGCUGUAGCUAAAGGUCCACUGAGAGGCGUCGCCGGAGCUCCGGGAGCUGGGAGUUGGCAAAAGGGGCUUCACAUCAGAGCACCGGUUUUUGUACUCACUCAGCCUUUCUAGAAUGUGCAAUUAAAUGUAAAUAGCGUCUUUUUAUCGGGAGAAUUUUGCAUUUAAAAUGGGGGAAAGGUUUCAACUACUAAUUGUCUAUUUUUAAGCUGCUUUAUUACGGAUUUAAAAAAAAAAGAGAAAUAAAUGGCUAUCACGCAUACCCUGACAUGCAGUGCCUGCUACUCUGCCUCUACAGAAACCUUGUGUGUGGCAUCUCCAGCAUUGACUAGGAAGGGGAGAAAGUCUUUAAUGUUGGAAUUAUCUCCUCAGUUUUUCAUUCUCUUUCCCCUACCACAUUCCAGCUCUUCCAAGCAGGGUGACAAAACCCUUCCUCACAGUUCUAGAAAGAGUUAACAGGUUGUUUUUUGCUUUUCUUCUGUUGCACUCUUUGGGCUUUCUCAGCUAAAAGAAGGGUCAGAAUUGAAGGGUAAGAAUUUAAGGGCAGCUGUGGGUAAUUUGUGAGCACUUAAAUCAAAGCACUAUUUUGGUAAAAAUUGGCAUCAGGUGAUGCUUUCUUUGAUUCAAGAACAAGGAACAGCUGUCCACGGGGUGAGGGCAGAGGAUUGUCCACUAGAGCCACACUGACACUGGCUUCUGAAGCAGGAAGAUUUGUUUAAAAAGCUUAAUCCCCCAAAAUGGCUUCUAAAAGCCUUAAAGGUGUUGAUGAAAAUGCUGUUCAGUGGGUUUAAUAUUCUGGAAGGUGGGGCCACAGCUUUGUUUCCUCUCACAAUGAAACUGUAGGUAACAAGGGCCUCAACUCUAGAUGCUUUCACACCAAAUUUUUACUGUGAUUGAUUUAUUAUGAUUUAUUUUCUCCUCCUGGACUUGGGGCUCAUACACAAAACCUCUCAGCUUUAGUGGGGAUUUUUCUUGUUUGCUUGUUAAUUAAAGGCUGUGGAGCAGCACUACCUUGUAAAACUUGUUCAGAACAUCCUUUAACGUUGACUUGCUAAUGGAUUAAUAAAUAAAUGCUGUAACUUUCUGCACUCAGCCACCCAACCAGCCCCUACCUGAGAUCCUGAGCAAUUCCAGAGGCUGGGAAUUCAGCCUGGCAGGGCAGGGACUGCUGAGUGGUGUCACUGAUGGUUCAAGUGGUCACUGAACCCACGGAUGGGUGGGGUGUCUGGAGAGCUCCUGGAGCACAAAUGUGCCUGAAAAGUGAGGCUCCUGCUCCAGGCUUCAGUCUCUGACUGCUGAAAUCAAAGUGGUUGACACCAAAAGCUCAAAACGGAAUCCUGGUGUCACGUAAAACCAUCCUGGUGCCAGCACUGUGGGUGGUUGGGUCAGCUUGGAUUGUAUCACUCCUGCUCUUCCCUUCAAACUCUGGGGAUUUGGCUCACCUGCCAGAAAAGAAAAUAAAUGGAACUGUUUCCUGAGACAAAUCCUUCUAAUUAUGGUGAAAUGUCUAAUGUAGUCCAAUAAUCCUAAUAUAUUCUCAUAUUCCAUCAAUGGGUAACAUCUUUAAUAUAGCAUAAUAAUUCCAGUAGUAAUAUAUUAAAUAUGUGUAAUAUAGUGUAAUAAUACCAAUAAUGUUGAACCUAUCUAAUAUAUUCUAAUAAUAAUUCCAAGAAUGUUGAACAUAUUCAAACAAAUCUAAUAUAUUGUAAUAUGAGUUUAAAUAAUGCCAAAUAUGUCUAAUAUAGCAUAAUGAUACAAAUAAAGUUGAAAAUGUCUAA